AGGAGGAGGCCCUGCCUCUCCAAACGUGGCCUCCUAUGGACACCAAGACUCACAGCCUUCCUAUCACCCACACCCAGCUCCACAGCAACUCUCGGCCCCAAAGCCGCAGCCACUGCACCUGCACCCACCACUGCCAGACCUUCAGCCAGAGUUGCAGAGAGAGCCAGCGUGGCAGCCGGAGCCGGAGUUCCAGACAGAGCCCGGCUACCCACCAGAACCCAACCGGAGCCCACAGCUCAUCCGGCUGCCAGAGCCAGAGUCCCAAUGCCAGCCCACCACCAAAGCGCCACAAAAAGACCAUGAACUCCCACCACUCUCCCACGCGGCCCACCAUCCUGCACAGCAGCUGCCCCAAGAACAGAAAGAACUUGGAAGGCAAGCUGAACAAGAAAAAAAUGGCCAAGAGGAUCCAGCAGGUGCACAAAACCCAGAAGCGGAGCUCAGGACGGAAAUCCAACUAAUGACACUGCACUCCUUGGCUUGUUCCUGCGUGUUUCACCCAAAUGAGAAAUGCUAUCAUGCAUAGAAUGCUAGGAUGAAGUCAAUCUUCUUGCAGGAACAUGUUACUAUGGUGAUUUCUACGCAACACUAAUUAAAGCUUGUACCCUGGAAGACUA